CGGAUGUCUGUGAGCAGUGGCACGUUGCAGCCUGCGGCAGUUGCGCACUCCGUUCCUGUUACGCAGCGCUCACCUUGCCUCUCCGUCACCGGCAGCCGGACUGACAGUGUGAGCGACUAUUCCUGUGGCCAAAGCGGUAACCGAGCUCUGGAUCUAGUACCAUCUUGCUGCUCCCCCUUCAUCUCAACCCAUCCUCCUCUUCCUCCUCCUCAUUCGGCUGUUGUUGCGCCGCUGCUGCUGCUUGCAAGUUCCAGAGAGCCUCAUCUCCGGCACAACAAGUCCGCCCUCCGGUACCCCAACCCCGGAUGCUCGUCUCGCUCGCCUUAAAUGCGAUGUGAUAAAUGGGCCGCGCAGGAUGUGAAGCUCCGCAAGACAAAGCAGGAGGAUGGCUAAACCGGGCUUGUCUGCGGCGGCGCUACUGCUGCUCCUGCUGGGCUCCUUCCUCUUGGCGUCCUCCGUUAAAGCCGACGCUGUGCUGUCAGCUCCGCUUAAUGUGACCAUUAGAGAGCUGGAGGUAAACUCGGCUCUGGUGACGUGGGAGAUCUUGGAGGGAGAUCCGGUCAUUGGAUUCGCCAUCACCCAACAGAAGAAGGAUGUGCGGAUGUUGAGAUUUAUCCAGGAAGUGAACACCACCACCCGCUCCUGCGCGCUGUGGGAUCUGGAUGAGGAUACCGAAUAUAUCGUCCAUGUCCAGAGCAUUAGCAUGGGAGGCAGCAGCCCCCCCAGUCAGCCUGUUCUCUUCAGAACGCCAAAAGAGUCGGAGAAAAUGGCAUCCAAGAGUCCUGACGAGGUGACGAUGGAGGAGGUUGGUCAGACUGCCCAGCUGAGGGCUGGAGAGCUCAUCAUCAUUGUUGUGGUACUCGUCAUGUGGGCAGGGGUGAUUGCCUUGUUUUGUCGUCAGUAUGACAUCAUCAAAGACAACGAGCCAAACAACAACAAGGACAAAGCCAAGAACUCCUCAGAGUGCAGUACACCUGAGCACCCACAAGGGGGGUUACUGCGCAGCAACGUCUAGGACCAACCUUCUGUUGCCUUCUGCAAUAACCAACCUAAGACCUCAGGAUGGACCCUGAGACCAACAGAAAGCCAUUCAACAUUGAAGAACAGGAUAAACCCUUAAAGGAAUCUUCUUGACACAACAGAGAGCUCUACAAACCUGCAAAACUAAAGGCAGCCAAACUGGAAACAGCCGACAGAAAAAUGAAUUUUGCUGCAUCCAAAACAGGACCGUAGCCUCCUUGCAGCUGAUGUACAGCGGACUCUUGACAAGAGCGUCCUGAUUCAUAUGUUUUUUGUUACUCCUCAUUGGUAGCAUGGCACCCCGGGUGUUAAUUAUUGAACAUUAAUGUCAGUUUAACAUCUGGUUAACAACUCAAAGGUGGGGGAACUCAAGAUCAGCUGGUCCAGGUAUCAGUCAGCACACAACUUUAAUUAGCUUUCAUGUUUUCUGUUGGUCCAUCUGCAUUAUUCCCUUUCUGUCUUUGUUCCUGCUCUCUGUGUAGCAGCUCAUCUCUCUUCUUGUCUCACUGUGUUGGUGUCGCUCUUGUAAGCACAUUGCCGUUUGGUGCUCCUCUUACUGUGAUUGCUUGAACCCUCAACAGUCUUAGCCUUGAUUGCAGUUUGAGUUUUAUCCUUGGGUCACAAGUAUUGCAUGAAGAGUGUUGUCUCCAGCCUUUUUCUCUGACGUUAACAUCAGUUAAAUGAUGCAUCUGUUCUUUUGCCCCACUAACUGGAACUUUAAACACCCCCAUUAGUUCAGCAUUUCAGACCUGACAGGCUUAUUACCCCCACCUAUAUUUUGCCAGCACAGUGACGACUGAGUACAGAUAUGAUUAAUGCUGAAUUCAAGGAUUUACAAGGAGUCCCUGACCCACUCAUGAGUUAUUAUAACUUCCGACUGUAAAAUUACCAGGCUUCAUUUUCAGGCUUCAUUGUAUAUCAUUGCAUAUUCAGCACCAUAUGCUGUUUGUGGUCCACAGCAGGACGAGCAGGGAAUAUGGAUGGGGCAUUAUCCCCUAAUGCAAUCUGGAAUUUGGCCGGGUUUCCCAUGUGGUCUGGCUGAAGAUCAACAGGGAUGCCAGGAAGUGAAGGCCGAAAGAGGACACACUCAGUCAUGGGUUCUAUACCAGACCUAGAUCUGUCACUGAGAGCAAGGCUCUAGGAGUCCUUUUUCCACUCUCAGUAGGGGAAAACAAAAUCAAAUAGAACAAAAGUCAGACAGAACAAGAAUCCAUCCAAUGUAAGUGUAAAUGCAUGGAAGUAUACAUUUGAUCCCAAAAUAGACAGCUAGAAUAAAACCUUAUUGAUGGUACAAUAUACAAUUUCAGCCAUUUACUAGCAAAGGUUGUAAAAAGUCUUAAAAUAGAUUAAUUUACUAUUGCAGUAGCAUAAUCUCACACUGAAAAAUCUAAACUUCUGGUGAAUCAUUUAUGUGUUGCUCUGGCCAUAUGUUUUGGAUCAUUGCCAUUUUGAAAGACUGAAUGACUACUCAUUUUCAGUUUACUGGUGGAGUCCACCAUUUUUUUUAUUUAAAAUGCCUUGAUAUAACAAAUACCUUGAUGCCAUCCACUUUAACAAGGUUUCCAUGUCCUUAAGGAAGAAAUUGGGCCAACAGCAUCACAGAUUUGUCACAAUACUUGAAUGUAGCCAUGGUUGAGUUCGAGGAUUGACAAGGAGUCCCUCACCCACUUGUGAGUUAAACUUUUGCCCCUUUUCCAUUAGUAUCCUCCUUUCCAUAGUAUCUACCUUACAGGGUCAGGUCGGGUUGGGUCAGGUCAGCUCUACACAGUUUGGUUCGUUUUACAAUUUAGUACCAUUUCAAUGUGAACGGAAUCAUCAAUAGCAAGGCGGCCCCAUGGUUUGAAAAGGUAACGUGAUGUGAUUUUUAGUGACACAAACAGAACAGCCUUGACAGCCGCUCAGUCAAUGGCUGUUAUCAGAUACACCCAGAAUUUUCACAGUGCCCAUCUCUGGUCCUCUCUGCCACGUUACAAACUCUUUACUACAAGGUACUACUAAUUAUGCAUCCUUUAUGGUCAAUAACAGCAAUUACACUGCCUCCGCAGGGCGGCGUAGGUUGACACAGGGCGGCGUAGGGCGGUGUCGUGCAUACGGCCAUCUGGCAAAAGUUUACCUGAUUCUGAUUUCGCCAGAUGCCAGAUGGAGUUAGGUGGGGGUCAAUAUAAACCUCCAAAGGGCAGGGCGGAGCGGAGUGAUAUGCUACGUUAUAAACCGCACACAAACCUGUUUGCGUCAGCAAAGCUGAUCUACAAACAAGGUGGUAAUCGGAUUGCGUGUGCAAAAUCAGCAAAACUGCUGGCUCAAACUUUUUAGCAUGUCUGCCUAUAUUUAUUCCAAUAGAUAUGAUAAUGACCCAAACACGCAAAUUCAUGGGAGGAGGAUAUGCAAAUGUCAUCCCUUACCACCCGCAAUGCGAUUUUCAAAGCCUGAAACCGUUUGCGGGCACAAUGUUUGCAUGUGGAUUUAGUACGUUUGAAAUGCGGAUGCUAACUGGGACGCAAAAAUGUCAUUGCUGUCACUUUGGCCAGAAGGAGGUAUAGAUAGAAUGAGAGAUGACAGGGAGAGAGAAUCUUCUGUACAUAUGUCAACAGAUUUGGGUUGUCAAAAAUAAAAAUAUUAAAAAUAGAUGAGAAUAUAAGAUUCUAUGUAGGAUUAUCUAAGCUCUGAUUUGGAGCCAGUCACAAACAAAAGCCAUGAUAUUUCUCCUAUGUUAAAUCUUUUCAACACUUCAUUCAACAUCAUUCCAGCGUAACAAUGCUGUUAGUGAUCAUCUGCUGAACAUGCACAAACCGGAUCAUGGCAAAAUGCAUACAUAACUGAUCAAGCGCGCACUGUAAUCGCACAUCAUUAAAAGACCCACUGUGCUUUGAUGUUGAUAAUAAUAAUUAAUAGGAAAGAACUAAAGACAUUAUAAGGCAGAUUAAAUACUCCAUUUGCAAACUGGAUGCUAAUAUCACUUCUUAGCAGGUGACAAAAAUCACCAUUUUAAGGCAACAUUAUUGAAAGUGACGUAAUUGCAGGGCAAUCGGAGCUGGAUUAGUUUGAUUACAUUGGUUAAAUGUGAACAUAUGCAAGGGGAGGGUUUUGUUUAUGUAGUAAAAAAUUAUUUUGUGUCACCAAAAAACAAUUCAAACAAUCAAACAUGUUUUAUAUCAUUAAAAUAUUGGUAAAAUAAACAAAAGGAAUUAAAAUAGUAAAAUCAUUGGAAAAUGAUUUAUUUUUAUGUACAUAAAUGUUCAAUUUAACUUUAUAUGGUUAACAUGAUUUUCAAUGAAAUCAUCCUUCAUUCUCUUUUUUUAUGACAUCGUAUCCAUGUAUUAUGAUCAUGAUUCAUGUGAUACUCUAAAGAUUAAUCUCUCAUUUCAUCAUGUGAAAUUGUUUUUGUUUCAAUAUAGUGAUACACUUCUGUAAAAGAAAAGAGAAUUAAUAGCAUGAAUGGGACUCCCGGACUUCACAGCUUUAGAAUGUGAAUAUUCAGUGAUUUAUAUUUCAUUGAUUUAAUUGUGAGGGUUUAAUUAAUUUCUUGCAUGGAUACAUGGAAGGAUUUCGCCUCAUUUUGACACUAAGCUAUUCUUCAAAAUAGGAAAGACAAGAAAGCAAGGGAGAUAACUUCCUAAAUCAGGAAUUGGCUGAUAGAAUAACUACUUGCCCAUAUCUACAGUCGGGUCAAUAAUAUUUUUUUAACAACUGAAACUGUACAUAACAAGGCAGAAUAUGGAUCCAAAUUUGUCUUGCCACUAUUGCCACUACACACAGUAAGGAGGAUGAUAAAAGACGUAUAAAAGUUACAAGGCCCACUGUCAAAGAGCUGCAGAGAUUUUUUUCAAUCAAGGAUUAUGUUGAAGCAAUAAAAGAUAAAUCUGUUUUAACAAAAUGUAAAAAUAGUUUAACUCCCUGAAAAAUAAGAAUGUUAUUUUUUUUUUUAAACCUAACUAUUUGCACACUUGGAAAUUCUUGAGAAAAUAUGACCUUCUCACUUAUUCAGUUAGCACUUCAUCAACUAUUCAUAGAAAGGAGCAAAAGACUUAAUCAAAAUUACUUAACUGAAGAUUAGGCUUCACUGUCUUCUUUUGGGCUUCUGUUCAAUUAGACUUUUCUGUUUUUCUGUCCGGACCGCCAGCAACCAAUUGAGUUCAGUCCGAAAGUCAGUCAGAAAAACACUUCCAGACUAAAGUCAGCAGAGGUUCUCCUUAUUAGAGAUAAUGAGUGCACGCCUGAGUGCUCCGCUGGAUGAGAUGUCUUCUAAUCAUCAGCCCGGAUGUGUUCAUGCAUACACACAUUUAGGUUAGAUUUUGAUACUGUCUUGAGCUGGGAGAAAAGCAGCCAUUUUGUUCCUUUUUUAAAUCUUCAGACUGGUGUGGACAGUGUCUCAACCUGCUAUCCAUUUAUCCACCUUCUUCCUCUUUCAUCAGCCCCUCUCCAACCGUCUCCUGUCCUCAGCCUCUUUUGUUCUUUCAUUCAUGACUUUACCCUCAUUUUCCUUCACUUUGUUGAAAACUCUGUCUCCCUUUUUAUUAAUCUCUAACCAUUCUUUCUUAGUUCUUCAUUUCAGCGCCAGCCCCCAGCCAAGCUCCCUUGAUUCUUAUAUAUCCACUCUCAUUAUAUCCACUCUCAUACUCUCCGUUAGCCGCCUUUUGCCGCUCCGCAUGAGCUCUUUGCUCUCCUAUUCUAGGCCCGCCCCACUGCCUAUCCCUCGCUUCUCUGCUUAUUUAUCACCUCUUUGUCCCAGACUGGCUGGAAUGGCCGCUUCACCCGGUAAACAAGUGAGAAAAUUUACAGGCUGUAGGAAUAAAUGAAAAGGUCGAACACAGAGGAAGGGAAGAAUCGACCAUUUUUCACUACUUAUAAGCAUAUACCUGGAUUGUAUUACUGUGACUCUCUGCAGCAACUGUCUUUUAUUAGCCUAGACAAUUACAAAACAUUUGGUCAGGUUUUCACCAUCAGAUCUUCUUUUAUUUAAGCAGAAAACGCUGAAAGUGAUGUAUACUCUGAGGUUUGGUGUGUAAAAAUAUCAGCUUUUUUACUGUUGCACAGACAGAGUAAAAUCAUCAGAUUUGUAAUUGUCGAGGCAUGCGCUUCUUGAGGAAAUGACAGAAGUAGGGCACAGUGUAGGGCGCAGUGGCUGCCAUUGUCAAACGGCAGAUUUAAACAACAAGCGUAACAGAUAAAUCAGUCGGAGGGGAGAUGGAUGUCAGGCUUUAUCCAAAGCAAAGCACCUGCAGGUCUGAGGUAGAGUCAGAGGUAGCCUGUAAGAAGCUGUGAGGAUUUAAAGCCAUUGUUGUUUCUCCGUCUGCACAGGUAAAGCAGAUGAAAGCCAGAGGAAAGACUCCACUCAGCAAAUCUGGAGAUAUUUUUAAACCGCCCACCCUGUUUUUGUUUUAUUCACUGCCCUGCUUUCAACAUGCAGUCAUUGUGAAGUGGAGAUCUGGAGGAGGCCCAGAUUUUUAUGGAGAUGUUGUGAUUAACAGAAUUAACAAAAUGGGCUACAUUAACUUUCCAGAUUUUAUUUAAAGACAUUAAGGUAAAAGAGCCUGAAUAGAUACAAUAACAAUUAUGAAAGUCCUGAAUCCUUUACCUUCCACUUUACAACCUUGUGUUCUCGAUGAUCAAAAUCCCAAGAAAAUACAUUAAAGAUUGUGGUUGCAACAUGACAAAAUGUAAAAAAAAUGAUGAAGGGGUAUGAAUACUUUUGUCAGACCCUGGAUACUUUGUAGUUUUCUAAUCAGGGCUCUAAACCUAACUAUUUCCUUCCUCUGCCCUUCAAAGGACCAUUUCAAAGUUUAUUGAAUUUCCUCUGAUGUUAAAAGCAGCUUGGGGUGAUUAGGUCCAAAACUGUUUAUGACAAGCUAAGCUUGAUAUGUUUAAGAUGUCUAAGUCACACCUCACCGUUUUGAUCCAAACAGUUUUGGCUUUUAAGAACCACCCAUCACCACCAGUUAUUUAAUAAUCUACUAAUAAUCUACUAAUGAAGGCCAUUUAAAUUUUGGGCUUUGACUGAUUGAUUUAUUUGGGGGAGGCGGAUGAAACAACAUGCAACUUUGCUGUUGUCGUGGUAUAAUUCUCCCUGGAUAUUUGACCACUCUUAUCAGCAGGACUUGUAGAGAUUAUUUAAAUUUGUUGUUUCCGUGGCCCAUAUCCAGCUGUAAGGAAGAGUUUGCAUGUUUUUGAAAGUUUAAGGUCUGGGCCACUCCAGAAGCCUAGCGUUGGCCUGCCUUAUCCAUUCCAAAACCUGUUUUCAGAUAUGUUUGGGAUCAUUGCCCUGUAGGAAUACGCAGUUAGGUGCCAGCUUCAACCAGCUAAAUCUGGAUUGGAGAUGAAGUUGAAUAAUGUGAAGUUAGUCCUCCUCCUUUUUUUAUUGGUCCAGCAAUUGUACAAUACACUAGUCCCACCAGCACCAAAGUACCCCUUUACCAUGAUCCUACUACCGCCAUGCUAGACAUGUGAGACAGUUUUCUUUGGUUUAACAGCUUCACCUUGACUCCUCCAAACAUUCUUCUUGUCACUGGGGCUACACAGCUUUAUCAUUGUCUCGUUUGACCCUAAAACCUUUCUCCAUAAGGUAUGACUUAUGGAGAAAGCUAGCAAUGGUAUUGUUGGCUUUGAAGUUGGGGUUCUUCUUUUUUGGUCAGCACCGUUUUUGUACAUGUUGGUGUGAAAUUUGCUUCACUGUGGACGGAAACAUUGGUGUUCCAAUCUCUAGGCUUGGGUCUUAAUUUAUCUAAGGCUGUCAACUUUGGUCAGAUCAUUGGAAAGUAAUACGAAAUGUCCACUGGAACUUGUUUUGGAACAGAUGAAGCAGCUAUAUAAAUAAGCUACUGUAAAGGCCUUUGCCUAGAGGCUAUGUCCAUUUAAAUGAGUUCUACAAAUUAUGCUCAGAAGAUAUGAUCCAAUUUCCAGCCAGAACUACGCUAGAAGCCUGUUGAUGACUACAAACAGUGUGUUAUUUAGUUGCAACUUGCUCAGGGACUUUGAACGGAAUAAUAUAUAUUUGGUCCUGUAAUUUUGACCUAGUAUGGAUUAGAGAAAUUUCACAAUAAAUCUCAUUUUAUGCACCAGAUUUAGCUUUCUUUAUAUUUUGUAUUACAAAAUUCAUCUUUGACAAAGUAAGGUUGAAAUAAAUGAAAUAAAAUAAAUAAAAUGAAUAAAUGAAAUGAAUAAAAGUAAAAUCUAACACAUGGCUGUAAUGAGUCAAUGUAAACUUCAGAUGAAUAAUUAAGGUCAUUUCUGUCUCUGAUACUCUGUCUUCCACUUCAAGUUAAACUAGCAGGAAAGUGGUGAAUGUUGGUGAACAGAUCAAUGUAUGAAAAUGCAGGAACUAUACAGACCUAAUGACGGCCAAACUUGCGGAAAAUGUAGCAUCAUUCUUGAGCAAACCCUGGAUUAUUAUUUCUUUUACUCAUACUCAGAUUAAUAAUUUAAUAAAUAAUCAUAAUAUAGAGCAUGAAUAAAAAAAAAAUGGAAGGAAUUUGGUAAAUCCAAAGGACUUUUUGGAUCAUCAAGGCUACUUGCCUGAGCAAAUUGUUGUUGAAUAGACAUAGAAAAGGCAAGUUAUUGUCUGUCUAAGCGAGGGAAAGUUGUGGUUAAAAAGUGAAAGCUGAAAAGACCUUUACAGAAAGACAUCCAUUGAUGUCUUAAUGUAGUUGAAAGGUGGUUGGGAUGAUCUAAUGGUCAAUCAAUUUUGACUCACAGCGCCUUUGGUUAAGAUAACUUUCAACUGAACAUAUAACAUGAAAAAGUCAGAUUUUCUACGGAUUUUUCUGAGCUGACUGAAGACAAUAUUUGGCCAACCUGAAAAGUGCCAUCGGAAAACAUGUCCUUGGAUGUCAAGUGCUUGCAGCCAGCUGGAUAACUAACUUUUUAUUUUGUUUCUUGAUCAAUCUCAGGAAACACGUUCUGAACGUGUUCUCAGAACGUGUUCUCAGAACACGUUCUGAGAACACCUUUCUGGGUGCCACAAUCAAACUGAAGUAGAGGGUGAUAAAAGCACAACUGUGCCUAAUGACUGUAAUACUAUUGAGCAUGAAGCAGUACUUUUUCUGUAUUGGUCUAAUCCAAGCACACAAACACACACGCUUAAACACUCACUCAUCCGCCAACUCUAUUCCCUUUGCUGGCUGCUGUCCAAAGGGACCCAUUUGAGGAUGUGGCAGAAGGCAGGUUUGGGCCAGACAGCUCAGUCACUGUCUAUCUGAAGCUACAGGAGGUGGCUGAACAGCUGCUCAAGGUGAGCACCCAGUCAAACGUGCAAAUAUGGAGCUCAACCCUUAAUGAGACCAAAAGAGAGAGACAGAGAGAGGGACGAACACAAACUCAGAAGGAAAGUGUACUCCUGAAUUCAAGUUGCUACUGAUGCAGAGCACCACAGAAGGUCUUUGCACCCAGUGGGAAAGUCACUGUGAGAAGUUUGUAUGUUAACAUGUCUGUUGUAAUAUGAAGGUGCCAACAUUAGAGCAAAUACGAGGAAAUCACUGAUAGAAACCAUUCCAGGAAAAGGAAAUUAGCAUGAUGAAGGAUCAGAUAAGUCAUUCUGCUUGUCUAAUUGUGUUCGACUAAUUGUAAAUCCUUGUUCUGCUUUGUGUCCAUUAAUGCACUGCUGCAGGAGGCUUACUCUCUAUUGCAUCUUUCCUCAGUAAGAUAUUUGUUUGGAUGUAUGAAACCCUCGUUAUGGCUACAGUGUGAGUUAACUAAUCUCAUGUCCCCGUAGCACAGUUAGUCCCUGUAAUACACCCCCUUAAAUCAAACUUAAGUUUACAUUUUUGUUAACCAACUGAGGCCUACAAAAUGGCUUAAUCCCCCCUAGACAUGCCUACACUGUAGAUAACUGAAUAAGCAAAGAACCUUAGAUAAUCCCACUAAGGCCCUAGACUAGUAAAGAAUGAGGCCUUUUGCUUACGGCUUAUAAUUGUAAUUUAAGUUUAAGCAAAUAACCAAGAAGCAUGGAUUCAUAGCGGAACAACAGAGUCUGUGUUUUAUGUACAAUCACAACAUCUGUGUUGACAUUUUGAUGUUCAUGGGAUAAAACCUGUUCAUGAGGGCUAGCAUGACACUGCUAUCGUUCACAUCCCAAGGUAUACAUAUAAAUAUAUAUAUACUAUUUCUAUGAAAAUAUAAAUGUCUAAUUAUGUAUUGACACAAAAUAAAUAAAAUAUUUUCAAUGCACCAUU